CUUCCACCACCUUCUCCUUCUGGUGCGACGUCGUUCUUGCAUACAUUCCGACAGAAGAAGAACACUUCGGAGUUUCUGCGUUCAUUGUUUUCACCACACUGAAGCGCUUUUUAUGGACUUGGCCAAAGCACGCGAUGAGCAACAGGGGUAGGUCACACAUCCACGAGGUUUCGACGCGGCAACCUCCGGGAAAGCCUGGCAUAAGCAUGGGUGCGACCUUUACUCCCACGACAUGUGCGCUUCAAAGGAGAAUAACGAAAACUCGUUUACCUUUUUGAAUUACAACACACCCAAUCACAGUGCCUCUCACCGACGUGCAGUCAAGUCGCACAUUUCGAGCAAGUACAGAACGACUAUUCGACAGCAAGCUCAGCCUCGCUAUGCACUCCCGCAGCGGUCACCCGAUGGCGCUCUGUCUUCUCCCACCAAGUCUGAAGAUGAUGAAGCCUCGCUCAUCCUGCGGAGGCGACCCAAAAAGUCGCUCGCCUGCUCGCCAGUAGCUCCUGAAGAGCUUAACACGCACUUCCUACCAUCACCCAUUCAGCAAAGUUUCAGUGGUCUGCGUGUUGAUCCAUUUGGUGUCUUACCUGGUCCGCAAACUCCAUGUGUGGCGAAUGCGCUGGACUAUUAUGUUCAGGUUAUUACCCCGCUACACGAGCCUUUGCUGGUGGCUCUCAACGGAGCCAAUCCUAUGAAAUCUUGGGUCUUUCCACUCAUUCUCCAGCAUAAAACUGCCUUUCAUGCAGCCGUUGCUCUGUCCCAAGCAUACUUCGAAAAGGCUCAAGCUCCAACUGCCCAAUUAUCUCAAGAAGUCGGGUAUCAUCGACGGAAAGCCAUCAGCCUACUCCGUGACCAGUUGACGAACCUUAAAGGACCGCCAGAUGAUGCGGCCUUGUUGACAGUGUUGGCUCUGUCCUCGCUCGAUGUUGUCUACAAGGCUGACAGUAUGGCAAACCGGAAAGGCUUGGCCUUGAUGGUCGCUAUGAAGGGUGGACUUGACAGUCUAGGAGAUCGGGGGCGAGUCAAGGCUUACCUCAUCCAGUUCGACUACUUCUGGAUGCUUGAGACUGGCUCGAAGAGCCUCUUUCCAUUUUCCAAACGAACGCAGCAGAGAAAAUACCCUCAUCAUCCAUUCAGCCAUGAUACGCUAGAACUCAUCAGAACGUUGCCUACCGGUUUCGCAGCAAUAGCCUAUCAGGGGAGCCUUGGACUCGACGUGUUGGACAUAUUGUCCAGGGUCAACAGAUUUGCUCAGGCCAAGACGACAGAGCUUGAUUCAUCUUUGGUAAAAGACCAAUUUGCCGAAGACGAGCAGCAUCCGGAUAUAUUUGACGCAUGUUCUUGUCUUCAUGCUUCAGCCACGGAGCACAGCUUGGAGAAACAUUUGUGCCUUGCGAUCAUCCUUCUCUGUUUCGACAUCCACAGCCAACCAGGGUCAUCUUCGAAGCUUACGCCGUAUCGCGGUUCUAGGCAGGAACUUACAAGGUCCCUGCCUCUAACCCCUCUACUCGGCUCUGACGAACGAGCCUGUCUAAUAUGGAUCUGGAUGAUCGUGAUUGGAUCAUGGAAAAUGAGCCACGACACGAAUGAUCAGAGCUUCUUUCUUUGUUGCACCUUUUUCGAAAGGUUUGAGGAAGUGAAACAGUGGGACUAUGUCGCGGGAGUCAUGCGGCAGUUCUUGUGGUACGAGCCAUUGUAUCAUGGGUGGCGGACAAGCUGGCGAGAAGCACUGGACGACUAUGACAGAGCAUUACGAUGGAGAAGCAGUCAGGUAACCGACGCUUCAUUGAGAGACUAUGGACAUUUUCGCCCGUUCGAGUCACGUAGCUUCAAACACUACAGUCGGGAGUCGACACCUGCAUCAAUGAGCUCGAAAGGAACACAUGAGAGUCUGUCUGCGGUUCAUUAUCUACCGACCAGGACUCGAUCGAUAGAUCGGGAUGCUGACAGCAUUUCCACCCUCAGUGCAGGUGGACCAAAUGUUGUCCUUCCAUCAAUGUUCACCUUGGAUAAAUAUCUUGACCAAAUUCAGGACCAGAAACCCGAUGGGACUUAGUCACGCGAUUACACCAAGCAGCAGAAUCGUCAGCUGCCCUGUAUCUGAGACGGCCUGGAUUGACAGACAUCGAGCCUGUUUCCAGCAAAACCGGCACCGUCUGACAGGGAGUCCCACGACGAUACAAGUACGUGUCCAGCAAGUUCGCGACAGCGAUUGCCUUG